GGCUCGAGCCCAACAAUCUUCCCUCCGAACUUUUCUUUCACGGCGUCGCAUCUUCUACAAUGGCCUAGAUUUUUCACUCUACCUUUUUUCACCUUCAGAGACGUUUCGACUUGACCAUGAUACCCUCAUAGACUUCAAUUCCCCGCUUUUAAAUCCCCCUGACACAGUAGAUUGUACAGUAUCUUCCUUACCCGCUUCCGCUUAUACCUCACCCAUCCAUACACCUCGUGAAAGCCUCAGCGCUAUUUCACCAAAAAUGCCUCCCACCACAUCCACAAUCCUCCGCGCCGUCUUCCGGCGGCAGCUCGAGCAACUGCGCACAACACGGCUCCCGCGCUCCGCGCCGCGACGCUUCCAGUCCAGCAACUCCGGCCCUAAGCCCAGCGCCAGCGAGACCGCGAAGGCACCGUCGUCGCCAGCAGCCACACCUGCACAGCAACCCGUAUCCAUAUGGCUACGCCUCGGACCCCUAACGCGCGCAGGCCAGGCAUAUGCGCGUUCGCAGCGGAACCGGCCCUGGGCGACGCAGAUCGCAAGCGCGCUUGCCAUCUAUUUCGCCGCGGACAUCAGCGCGCAACGCAUCAGCGGCAAGGAGUACGUGCCGGAGCGCACGGUUAGGAAUAUGGUUAUCGGAGCCGUGUCUGCGGUGCCGUGCUUUAUAUGGUUCGUCUGGCUAUCGAAGAGCUUCAACUACGGCUCCCAUAUCGUCUCUAUCGGUGUCAAGAUUGUCGUCAACCAGAUGAUCUUCACCCCCACUUUCAACACCUACUUCUUCGGCUCGCAGGCGCUGUUGGCCGGAGAUAGCCUUGCUGACACCUGGGACCGUAUUGUCCGCACGGUCCCCAUCAGCUGGAUGAACGCGUGGAAGCUGUGGCCCGCCGUCCUGGCGUUUAGCUUCACUUACAUUCCUAUUGCUUACCGUAGUGUCUUCUCUGGCGCUGUCGCCGUCGGCUGGCAGACUUACCUCAGCUUUUUGAACCGCCAAGCCGAGAUCGAGGAAGAGGUGGCCCACCAAAAGAGCCCUGUAGCUGCGUUACCCACCGUCGAGGCGGCGACCCUAAAACUAGAGCAGAAGCGGCCCAUAGCGGCGUAGAUUUGACUUCAUUUUUCUGUGUACUUAGAUGGUAGACGAGCGACACGCAUUUGGCAGUAGAUGGACUAGGUUUACGGCAUAGACUUGGGAUUGGUGAUGUUCAAUAUCCACCAUUCGGAACCAAUAAAAUGAUAGAGGCUUUGGUGGAUCCCAAA